UGUUUGUCCACUACCUCAAGCUCAGCAGCUGCCCACGCUCUAUUAUAAACGAGAGGAGUCCCUCGGUCUUUGCCUGCACCGCGCGGACCAGCUGAACACCACAAACCACUCUGGAAGCCGCUAUGGGCGAGGGCGAGGAGCAGCCGCGGACAAGGCAAGGCCACCCUCUCUUGAGAGGAGGUGGAAAGAGAGAGCGGUACACCCAUGGCUUCUCGGUGUCCCAGAUGGCGGCGCUCACCGCCCUGUGCGGCGCGCUGGUGCCGUCCCUGCCGCCGGACACGGGGGUCAACGGCCACCGCCUGCGUCAGCAGCGGGAGGACGCCGGCGGCCGCGGCGGAGGGGGCUCCCCGGCGCCCGGCAAGAAGGCCGCCGCCGUCGAGGAGUUCCUCCUCGCAUCCGCCGGCGACCCGCCCGUCCCGGAUGAGGUCGCGGAGCUGAUGUCGCGGAUGUGCCUGCCCGAGGCGCUGGCGCUAGUGCGCACGAUGCUGUGGAUCCUGAGCACGCGGCUCGGCACGCUGGCUCUUUGCGGGACUCGGUGCCUGUCGUGGCGGUUCCCGUUCGUGCGCCGGUUCGACGAGCUGCCCCUGGACGCGCGGGAGGGCGCGCUCCGGCGGUGGAGCCGCCAGACCCUGCUCCCGCCGCUGCGCAUGUUCUUCCUCGUCGCCAAGGUCUUCUGCCUCUACGUCUUCUACUCCUGGACCGAUGAGAACUCGGAGAACCCGCACUGGCGUGCGAUCGGGUACAGCCCGCCGGCCGACGAGGCGCCGGCGGCGGAACCUGAGCGUCCCAAGAAGCGGCCUCUCGACGACGGCGUCGUGGAGACGAUCAAUGAAACCGACGCGUCCCUCCCGGCGUCCCUCGCGGGGAGAGGCCUCGCGGUGACCGAGGACGCGGCGCGGAACGUGUGCAGGGUCGAGUGCGACGUCGUCGUCGUGGGCUCGGGCUGCGGUGGGGGCGUGGCCGCCGCGGUGCUCGCGGGGGCGGGGCACAAGGUGGUCGUCAUCGAGAAAGGGAGCUACUUCACGUCGCGGGACUACUCGGGCGUCGAGGGCCCUUCGAUGAGCCAGCUCUACGAGGCCGGUGGGUUCAUCAGCACGCUCAGCGGCAGCGCGCUGAUCCUGGCCGGAUCGACGGUCGGCGGCGGCUCGGCUGUCAACUGGUCGGCCUGCAUCAAGACCCCCGACGACGUGCGUGGGGAGUGGGCGGGCGAACACGGGCUCCCGCUUUUCGUCAGCCCCGAGUACGUCGCCGCCAUGGACAUGGUGUUCGAGCGGCUCGGCGUCACGGACGGGUGCACGGAGGAGGGGCUCCAGAACAAGGUCCUCCGCAAGGGGUGCGAGAAGGUCGGGUAUAAGGUGGAGUCAGUGUCGAGGAACUCGUCGGAGGGCCACUACUGCGGCAGCUGCGGGUACGGCUGCCGCACCGGCGACAAGCGCGGCACGGACACGACGUGGCUGGUCGACGCGGUGAGCCGCGGCGCGGUGAUCCUGACGGGGUGCAAGGCGGAGAAUCUGCUGCUCGAACGUAGCGGCAACGGCGGCAAUUCGGCCGGCAGGGCGAAGCGCUGCGUCGGCGUGGUGGCGAAGAGCUCCAACACGGCGAUCACGAGGAUGCUGGAGGUGCGCGCCAGGGCCACCGUCUCGGCGUGCGGCUCGCUCCUGACGCCGGUGCUGCUGCGCGGGAGCGGGCUCAGCAACCCGCACAUCGGCAAGAACCUCCACCUCCACCCGACGGCCCUGGUCUGGGGCUACUUCCCGGACACCAUGCCGGACCUCAAGGGCAAGAUGUACGAGGGCGGCAUCAUCACGUCCCUGCACAAGGUGGAAGGACCGCCGGGUGCGCCGACCCGUGCCAUCCUCGAGACGCCGGCGAUGGGCGUGGCCGCCGCGGGGACGCAGUUCCCCUGGGUCUCCGGGCGCGACAUGAAGGAGCGGAUGCUCAGGUACGGCCGCACGGUGCACCUCUUCUCCCUGGUCAGGGAUCGCGGGUCCGGCACGGUGCACGGAGAGCGUCGGAUCGCGUACCGCCUGGACGCGACGGACAGGGAGAACAUGCGCGAGGGCCUGCGCCGCGCGCUGCGCGUCCUGGCCGCGGCGGGCGCAGCGGAGAUCGGCACGCAUCGGAGCGACGGGCAGAGGUUCGCGUGCAAGGGCGCCACGGAGGCCAUGCUGGAGGAAUUCCUUGACGGCGUCGACGUGGUGCGCGGGCCCCAAUCGAAGGCCGAGGCGUGGAGCCUGUGCUGCACGGCGCACCAGAUGGGCAGCUGCCGGAUGGGCGCCACGGCGGCGGACGGCGCCGUGGACGCGCGCGGCGAGAGCUGGGAGGCCGAGCGGCUGUACGUGUGCGAUGGCAGCGUCCUGCCCAGCGCGGUGGGCGUCAACCCCAUGGUCACCAUACAAUCCGUCGCCUACUGCCUCGCCACCCACAUCGCCGAGUCGCUCCGGCGCGACCUGGCCUCUGCAAAGAGCUAUUGGUAAUGUUAGAUAUAUAUAUGGGUCUAGCCCAUUAUAUUUACGAAAAAUUCUAAAUAAAUCUUCAAGUGCGCUUUUAUCCAAUAGAAAAUAUGUUCGCGCAAGCACACUUAGUACUUAGGAUUUCAUGUAUUCUCAUGGAAUUACUCCAAGUCCCUGCAAAAAAUAACCCAUAGUGAUUCA